GAGGGCACUGCUCUAUUUUUACAGACAGGAAGUGGUCGCUUGUUGGAACAAAACACUGGUGUUUUGAAAAUAUCGCUUCUCGAAUUAAGGUUGUACAUAAUGGCAGAGGACGCAGAAGUUGGUUUGUCCUCACGAACUGAGAGGAAAGCGCUCGAAAGGGAAAAAAUACUGCAGCGGGAGAGAGAGAGAAAGAUUCUCAGAUUGAUUGGACACGUAUUAAAAAAACCGCAGGCUGAGAGGUCGGAGGAGGAAACCGCUGUGCUGCUUCGUCACAAAGACGCCGUGGAGGAUUUAAGCAGGAGACAUGUGCGGAGAAAUGUUCUUAAGAAAAGACAGGAAGAGGUUUGUGAUGAUCCUGAAGAACUGAGAAAUAAAGUAAGGCAACUUGCUCAGGCAAUCAAACAAGCCAAUCAUCUGGUUGUUUACACUGGAGCUGGAAUUAGUACGGCUGCUUCUAUUCCAGACUACAGGGGCCCUAAUGGGGUAUGGACUCAGCUCCAGAGGGGAUGUAGAGUCAGUUCAUCUGACCUGAGCAGGGCCGAACCGACCCUUACACAUAUGUGUAUUAGUAAGCUUCAUACAGAAAACAUGGUUAAGCAUGUUGUGUCGCAAAAUUGUGAUGGACUCCACCUGCGCAGUGGUCUACCCAGAGGUGCCAUGUCCGAACUCCAUGGCAACAUGUUUAUUGAGGUUUGCGUAACCUGUUCUCCAGCGAGGGAAUAUAUUCGUUUAUUUGAUGUGACGGAGCGGACAUCGCUUCACCGGCAUGGGACAGGUCGCAAGUGCAGCCAUUGCGGGAGUGAACUCAGGGACACCAUAGUGCACUUUGGUGAACGUGGGACAUUAGAGCAACCGCUGAACUGGAAAGGAGCAUCAAGGGCUGCUGAGUUCGCAGAUGUUAUCCUUUGUCUGGGUUCCAGUCUCAAGGUGCUGAGGAAGUACAAUUGUCUGUGGUGCAUGAAUAGACCAGCAAGCAAAAGACCCAAACUGUACAUCAUCAACCUGCAGUGGACAGCGAAAGAUAAUCUGGCUGACCUGAAAAUUAAUGGCAAGUGUGACGAUGUUAUGACUCUCCUGAUGAAAGAGCUAAACUUAGACCUUCCUGGAUAUGACAGGGCUCAGGAUCCCAUCUUUACUUUAGCAACACCUCUGUUACCUGAAGAGGAAGACAGCCAUAACCGUGAGGUCAUAACUUUGGAAUGUAGGCCACAAGAAGACCUUGGUGAGGCUGAACGACAUGCAGCAGAGACUAAGGUUGUGCAAGGUGGCUGGUUUGGCAGAGGCUAUGGAAAAGGAAGAAGAAAGAAAAAAAAAAAGUAUAACUAAAAAUACUUUUGUAGGCUGUUUAUAUUGUGUCAUGUUACUUCACUCAUGACCUAGCCCAUUUUUUUUCAUUCACUACUCCAAGUACUCUCUGUGGACUUGGAGAAGUGGUUAUGGUGUUCUGAAAAGGGUAUUGCUUGUUGCUAAAUCAUCAGUUCGAUCGAACAGUUCCUAGUUGUUACAUUUUUACACUAGGGUUGUGACAAGAUCUAGUGGCACUAGAUCAGGGGAUAUUAAAACAUCAGUAUGGUUGGUAUGGUUCGUAAUAAAUGGUAUGUUUAAAUAUUUUGCUGCAAUACAGUACUAAAAACUGAUCCUUGGUGCUCCUCGACCUCUACAAAGAGCGCAACGCCUAGGUUAUAAAAGUCCUGAAGUGGGCAGAGAGAAUUGCUUUAACAUCUGAUGGUUGGUCUUCCAGUGGAACUCUGUUUACAGCUCACACUAGCAACUGGGGAAUGCAAAAUGUGGUCCUGUAAACUGACACACUUUUUAAUGUCCAAACAUCAUUUUAUAUAUUAUUGGAUAUUAUUGGAAAGGAAUGUGACCAUGCAAUACAGUAUUUAUAAUGACUAAAUUAACUGACUAAUUUAAACUGACGGUAUUUCUUUAGGAAUGAUUUGCACAUUUUUUCCAAGCAAAAAUAUUUAUUUCAUUUUUUAUAGUGUAAAGGUUUACAUGGAAAGUUGUAGGAUCACACAUGGCUGCAAUUCAAGGAUCACGACUUUAGUUCUGAAAAACAAAUCAGUUCUUUUGUCGUUUAAUAAAACUUCUUUUUUUUAAGCAUGCAUGUCUAAUCUAAUCAUAAAUAUCAUCUUGAUCUAGUGAGACCAGUAUUGUUUAUCGUCUUGUCUUGUAAGCUAAGUCUCUCAUGCCACCCUAUACUCAUCAAAAACGCAUUGCUAGACAACAAUAGAGAUUGUUUUAAGUGAUUACUUGCUGCUAUUAAUUUAAUUUUAAUAAUGACUUUAAAAGCAGGAUGUUUUAUACUUUUAUUUUGUUACUGCAGUAUGAACAAAAGUGCAAUAAAUGUUGGUUUGCAUACACUUAA